AUCACAUGCUACUGUUAAUAUGUAUUCAACAUCAUUUAGGGCUAUUUUUUUCGCAAACCUAGAAGUUUUUUUCAGAAUUGUUUCUAUUGGAAGAUAGUUUUUCCGCUAUGAGAAGCGUGAGAGUGAAUAGUCAAUCACAUGAAGUCCAUGUGCUCGUCUCAUGGCACGUGUAGCAUCUGCUUGUCGUUGUCGAAGAUUAGUAGCGCUUGUAUAAAUACUUUGGUUGUAUUCGUUAUAUAGACAUCCUCAUCGAAUUCUAACAAUUGGACAUUGCAAUGAAGCUGAACUUUCUGAACAUUAAUCUCUUGUUGCUUCUGCAAUUCUUCCACAAGGCUGCAGCCGAUGCGACAUUUACUCUGAACUCAUCUGUCACAAAUGCUACUGCUUACAUAAAACCCAUCAACAAGAACGCCUCGGUUUCUUUGGACGUUAAUCCCUUAAUGAACAAUUCAUUCUCUUUACUUAUAUAUGGCCCUGGAGAUGUUCAGUUCAUAGCAACUAAAGACGGCCAGAUCAUUGUCGAGAAAGGUUGGGAUCGUGUCAUAUUAUUGGGAUACUAUUUCCCUGGAGGAACGACCAGCGGCUGUUUUACCUUGGAAAAUGCUGGCGAAUAUACUGUUUGGAGUCAUAACUACGGAAACGACACAAGUGAUUAUCAAUUGAACGUUACUUAUACGAACGGUACUUCUUCUAAGCACAAAAGUUCUGCGGCUUCUAAAUCGGGUUCUAUCAACACAAUGCUGGUUUUACUCGUAGCUGUUUUUCUUUCCGCUUUCAGUUUAUAUAUGUAGCGGAAAAUAAUAAGUAUAGCAUAACAUAAUAAAAGAAUUACUAAUGUAACUUUCUGCAAAGUCAAG